CAGGCCAUCAGCCAAGCCAGCCAAGUGCCAACCUUUACUCGCGAAUGUGAUCGAUAGCGGGGUGUACGAGUACUUAGAUUGUGCGUGCUGGUUAGCGUUCGGUGGGUUCAAAUAUGGCUCUGUUCAAGAUCACAACUUCAAAAUUAGUAGAAAUACAGAAAAUAUGCCCAACGGCAACCAUCGUGCUCCGCAACCUGAGUGCGGAGAACACGAACCUCAAGAGCGUUCUUCAAGAAAAGAUUCCUAAGGAACAAGAGAAGAUCCGCGAAUUCCGCAAGAAACAUGGCGCCACCAAAGUUGGAGAGGUCACCGUUGACAUGAUGUACGGUGGCAUGCGCGGUAUCAAGGGUUUGAUCUGCGAGACCUCUGUCCUGGACGCCGACGAGGGCAUCCGGUUCCGUGGCAUGUCGAUUCCCGAGUGCCAGAAGCAGCUGCCCAAAGCGAAGGGCGGUGAGGAGCCUCUGCCCGAGGGUCUGUUCUGGCUGCUGAUGACCGGGGAAGUGCCCACCGACGCACAAGUGCAUGCUGUCUCCAAGGAAUGGGCCCAGAGGGCUGAGCUACCAGCGCACGUGGUGACGAUGCUGAACAACAUGCCCAACAAGCUGCACCCGAUGUCGCAGUUCUCGGCCGCCGUCACCGCUCUCAACAGCGAGUCCAAGUUCGCGCAGGCCUACUCGGAGGGCGUGCACAAGUCUAAGUACUGGGAGUACGUGUACGAAGACGCGAUGAACCUGAUCGCCAAGCUGCCGGUGAUCGCGGCGACGAUAUACCGCAACGUGUACCGCGACGGCAAGGGCAUCGGCGCGAUCGACGAGGCGAAGGACUGGUCGGCGAACUACUGCACCAUGCUCGGCUUCGACGACCCCCAGUUCACCGAGCUGAUGCGGUUGUACCUUACCAUCCACAGUGACCACGAGGGAGGCAAUGUGUCUGCCCACACCACCCACUUGGUCGGCUCUGCCUUGAGCGACCCUUACCUGUCCUUCGCAGCCGGUCUUAAUGGUCUCGCUGGACCUCUUCACGGAUUAGCUAACCAAGAGGUUUUGAUCUGGCUGGAAAAGCUCCGCAAGCAAGUGGGUGACAACUUCACGGAAGAAGGGCUCAAGGAGUUCAUUUGGAAGACGCUCAAGUCUGGCCAAGUGGUGCCUGGAUAUGGCCACGCUGUACUCAGGAAGACUGACCCCAGAUACACCUGCCAACGCGAGUUCGCCUUGAAGCACCUGCCCAACGACCCAAUGUUCAAGCUGGUAGCAGCGGUGUACAAAGUGGUGCCCCCGAUCCUAACCGAGCUCGGCAAAGUGAAGAACCCAUGGCCCAAUGUUGACUCGCACUCUGGUGUCUUGUUGCAGUACUACGGUCUGAAGGAGAUGAACUACUACACGGUGAUGUUCGGCGUGUCGCGCGCGCUCGGCGUGCUCGCGCAGCUGGUGUGGUCGCGCGCGCUCGGCUUCCCCAUCGAGCGGCCCAAGUCGUUCAGCACGGACGCGCUCAUCAAGCAGCUCGGCUAGUCUCGUCAGCUCUCGUGUUGCGGGCGCACUGCCUGGUGGGGGGUGUGGUGCUUGUUUGGUGACGUCAUCGGGUGUUUGGUGUUUGGUGUCGAUCGGUUGGUGGGGACUGUCAGUGGAUCGAUCGGAGGUCGGCUACAGAUUUUGGAUCAAGCUGUUGAUGAUUCCAUCGUGCUGCUGAUGCGGCUCGGUUGGUGAUGGAAUUGUCAGUGGAUCAAUCGGUGAUUGGUGUUACUGGUUCAUCAAUAACAGAUUGAUUCGAUAAUUUCAUCAUGCUGCUGAUGUUGCUCGGUUGGUGAUGAAAUUGUCAGUCAAUCGGUGAUCGGUGAUUGUUGGUCUACAGAUUGAGUUGAUAAUUUCAUCAUCGAUUGUAUAAUUGUUGACAAUUUCUGAUAUGGCCGAUGGAUUACGGACAGUCAAAUGUGAUGAUGAUAUCACCAAUAAAAGCACCAUCCCUAACGUAUUUAGUAUUGAAUUAUUUCACCAACAGUGUACCCGGUAAUGUCUUAGCGAGUUUGGGUAUUCAUUUUCAUCUUAUAGCGUAAUCUGACAUUCAUGUAGCCACUGCCAGACGAACAAAUGUUGGGUUUUGGCGAUUUAAACGUUAUGCGAAAGAAGCUUUAUUGAAAUCAUAAUGAAUCAUGUUUUAUCAAUGGAAUUUAUUUUAAUAUGACUGCAUAUCGUAAUCUAAUAUUUUAAUACGAUCAUUUAAUAUUCGAUUGACUAAUGUUGAAGUUUUAAAUGCAAUGACAUAUUUAAGCGCCUGCGUGUUAAAUCGUCAUUUAGUUAAACGAAUCGUCGGGUGUAAACAUAAAUGAAUUCGUCGUUCACUUCGAAGUUAUUUUUGUUGUAGGGCAAGAUCAGUAGUAUAGCACUUCACCGCAGUCAUCACACUACAAUGUCAAUAUUUAUUUUGUUAGCGUUAAGAGUACGGAUUAUUACGUUUCGGUUUAUUGUACUUACGUCUGUGAUUAUGGGAAAGUGUUUUAGAUGUAUUUUAAGGCGUGGUUUAACCAAAAUUGAUAUGGUGUAGUGCAAUCAAGUUCCAGGCAAACCCGAGUGCAAUGCAUAUCGGUUGGGGUCCGCGUUGUUUAGUGGAUCAAUACGUAAUUUUUUGCUUUUUAUUCGUUUACAAUAGACGCGGACUCGAGAACAUCGCUAACUCAGUAUUUAUGAAUUUCAUCGUACUUAGUUUCAGACCAAAUGAAAUGCUAUAUAUGUACGUAUACACAUACGUAUGUAUAAUUUUAUACUAUUUAUUUCGCAAUGCUUGUAGUCUAAUUUAUUACCAAGUUACCAAAGUAUUGACUAUUUAUUGUAUCAUUUUGUGAGGGUAUCAUUUAAAUUUAACAGCUGUAUUAUUUCGUCAAUGUAAGGUGAUUUCACUAGUGUAGUCCACUGUAGCGGUCAGUGGUGUUGCGUAUUUGUGGACGCCGAGCGGCGAUUCUAACUGACAAUACAAUAAAAUAAAUAUAGUACAUUAGAAAA